AUGAUGCGACCACCGAUAAUUCUUCUCAAAGAAGGGACUGAAAAUAAGCAAGGGAAACAGCAGAUCAUUUCCAACAUCAAUGCUUGCCAGGUCGUAGCCGACAGUAUUCGCACUACUUUGGGUCCUAGAGGAUUGGAUAAACUGAUCGUUGACAGCAAAGGUAAGACGACUAUUUCUAACGAUGGCGCAACCAUCUUGAAACUUUUGGAUAUCGUUUUUCCUGCUGCCAAUGUCAUGGUCGAUAUUGCCAAAUCUCAAGACGCUGAAGUUGGUGAUGGAACCACAUCAGUUGUUGUGCUAGCCGCAGAAAUUCUCAAAAGGAUAAAGCCCUUCAUCGAGGACGGAGUUCAUCCGCAAUUACUUAUUCGUGCAAUAACUAGAGCAAGUGAAGAGGCUCUGAAUUAUCUGGAUCACUUAGCCAUAAAGAUCGAAGGCGAAGAGGAACUUCGGGAAAUGCUGGUCAAAUGCGCAAUGACCACACUCAGCAGCAAACUUGUAAGUUUUGCCAUUUCGGUGAGUCAGGAGCGCAGAUUUUUUGCUGAGAUGGUUGUAGACGCAGUGAACAUCCUCGAUGAAUCCCUACCACUCAACAUGAUAGGAAUCAAGAAAGUUAGUGGUGGAAAUUUGAACUUAGGAGUCCUCGUCUCGUCAGGGGUGCGGCUUGCCAAAAGGCUUUUCGCUACGUCAGGGUUCGAAAUGGCGUGCCGAAAACUACUACUAAGGACCACUUGUUGUUUUACUCAUAUCGAGCUGGAGUUGAAAGCAGAAAAAGAAAAUGCCGAAAUGCGUCUUACUACAGUCGAGGAUUUCCAGGCGGUUGUUGAUGCGGAGUGGAAUAUAUUAUAUGAAAAGCUUCAAAAGAUCCACGAUAGUGGUGCCAAGAUAGUGCUAUCGAAGCUUCCAAUCGGAGAUGUAGCUACACAAUGGUUUGCAGACAGAGAUAUGUUCUGCGCCGGUCGUAUCCCUCAAGAAGAUCUGGAUCGCGUCAUGGCUGCAUGCGGUGGAUCAAUCUUGACCACGGUUUCUCAAAUCGAUACCUCAGUGCUUGGAAAAUGUGCCACAUUUUACGAGCAGCAAGUUGGGAACGAACGGCUGUUCAAAGCUCCACGCAUGCACCUGCUAGCUGGGCGUGGUGGCGCUGAACAGUUUAUCGCAGAAACAGAACGUUCACUGCAUGAUGCUAUUAUGAUUGUUCGUCGUGCAAAGAAGAACGAUUCUAUUGUGGCAGGUGGAGGAGCCAUUGAAAUGGAAUUGUCGCGUCAUCUACGUGCCAAAGCAAAGACAAUUCCCGGAAAGGAGCAGUUCUUCUGGAAUGCAUUUGCGCGUAGUUUCGAAUUGCGUCACAGACAUUCACUGGGUGAAAUUUGGGCCGGCGUUGAUAUCCAUAAGGAAGAGGUCGGUGACAAUCUUGCUGCCUGUAUCUGGGAGCCAAGCGUAGUGAAAAAAAACGCCAUAUCUGCCGCCACAAGAAGCUUGUGUGUCUUGUGCUUGUCGAAUAGACCAACUGUGAAGAAUUGUGGCGAACACGCAUGCAGGAGACAGAUGCCAGGGUUGCCCAGGAGGACUGUAUAA